CCCCGGCCGAGGAGAGCUGGGCAGUGCGUGGCAUUCUCUGCAGGAGGUAGCCCUGCGUCCCUUCCACCAUGGCGCCUAAGAAAGCCAAGAAGAGGGCGGAAGGGGCCAACUCCAACGUCUUCUCCAUGUUCGAACAGACCCAGAUCCAGGAGUUCAAGGAGGCCUUCACCAUCAUGGACCAGAACAGGGACGGCUUCAUCGACAAGAACGAUCUGAGAGACACGUUUGCCGCUCUGGGGCGCGUGAACGUGAAGAACGAGGAAAUCGACGAGAUGAUCAAGGAGGCUCCGGGACCCAUCAACUUCACCGUGUUCCUGACCAUGUUUGGGGAGAAGCUCAAGGGGGCCGACCCCGAGGAGACCAUUCUCAACGCGUUCAAGGUGUUCGACCCUGAGGGCAAAGGGGUGCUGAAGGCCGACUACGUGCGGGAGAUGCUGACCACGCAGGCCGAGAGGUUUUCCAAGGAGGAGAUCGACCAGAUGUUCACCGCCUUCCCACCUGACGUGACGGGCAACCUGGACUAUAAGAACCUGGUGCACAUCAUCACCCACGGAGAGGAGAAGGACUGAGCAGGACUGGCCCUGCCCUGGGAUCCCCGGUCUCUUUCCCCAGUCAGCCUCCACCCCUGCCCCUGCCUCCAUCUCCACCUGGGUACUUACAGCUAACCCCGUGGCCACACAGCCUGCAUGUGGAAAUCCGUCCCUAGGCCGUGUUCAAAUAAACAGAAGGUUGUGUGUUUGGUCGUGACGUUCCUCUGA